GUGAAUGUUGUCCCAACACAUUCAUUCAUUACUUAUGCGGCUAUGGCGAUGUUGAGGGCCUUGUGUAAGACGAACGGUUCAUCUGUUUACAGACAACUUUGUCCAGUCUCCUUGUUACAGACCCAACACUAUACUUCAAAGUCCACGACUGCCUCUGCGGCGUCGAUAUCGUCAGAGGGUAUCGACGACAAAUCUGGAUUGGAUAGCGAUGGUCAUCCCGUUGUCGAUUUGUCCUUCAGUAAUGGGAAGGAAGCGUAUCGUAGUAAGACGACGGCGGAGCUGGUUCGGGCUCUUUUCGUCUUCAACAUGUGCUCCAUACAGUCACUGGUCGUCCAUAAUAACAAGUUACUGAAAUGGAGUCGUCGUAUCCUUGGAGGGACCCUGUUCCGCAUGAUGAUGAAGGCAACGUUUUAUGGUCACUUUGUGGCUGGAGAGGACCAGGUUGCCAUUAGACCAUUGGUCAGCAGGAACAAGCAGUUUGGCGUGAAGUCAAUCUUGGAUUACAGUGUGGAGGAGGAUCUAUCUACAGAGCAGGCUGAAGAGGCAGAGAUGAAGAGCUGUGUUUCUGAAGACCAACCAGACGACAAGGCCUCAUUAGAUGCAGAGCACAUUGACAUGGAUCCUGACAAACAAAAGUUCUUGGCCCACAAAAAGUUCGGAGAUCGACGAAACAAGGUUAUAUCUGCGAGGACCUAUUUCUAUGAGGAUGAGGCAAACUGUGACACAAACAUGGAGACCUUCCUCAAGUGUAUAGAUGCUGUGGCAGGAGCUACAGAGGCCAACACUGGGUUUGUCGCUAUCAAGAUGACAGCCCUUGGAAGACCACAGUUUCUGACGGCAACCAUGGUAACCACUAUUGACUGUUGGAGUGAUAGACAGUUACCAUGUGAGGUGGACUUACUAGACUGGGACAACCUGUUGGAGGUCAACAUGAGCUUGUCCAAGGUGUUUGUGGUGCCAAACGAGGAGACAGGGCAACUGGAGCCUUUAGUGACAUCUCUAUCUGUAGAGGAAGAGGAACAGAUGAAAAACAUGUUAGGACGCCUCAAUACUAUUGCCAAGUAUGCGACAGAGAAGGGGGUGAGAGUGAUGGUUGAUGCUGAGCAGACCUAUUUCCAGCCAGCCAUCAGUCGCCUGUGUAUGGAAAUGAUGAGGCGGUUCAACAGGGAACAGACUGUGAUCUUCAACACCUACCAGUGCUACCUAAAGAGUGCGUACAAUAACGCCUGUUUAGACAUGGACUUGGCACGUCGAGAGGACUUCUACUUCGGGGCCAAGUUGGUUCGUGGAGCAUACAUGGAGCAGGAGAGAGAUCGAGCAGCCGAGAUUGGAUAUGAGGACCCCAUCAAUCCUUCCUACGAGGCUACGUCAGACAUGUACCAUCAUACCCUGGAGGAAGUGAUGAAACAGAUCAACUGUAGAGAACGCGGCAAGAUCGCAGUGAUGGUCGCCAGUCACAAUGAGGAUACAGUCAGAUAUACCGUAGAAAAGAUGAAGGAGUUUCAAAUCCGGCCAGCUGAUCGCCUCAUCUGUUUCGGCCAGCUGCUGGGCAUGUGUGAUCAAGUCAGUUUCCCUUUAGGUCAGGCCGGUUACUCUGUUUAUAAGUACGUACCCUAUGGCCCAGUAGAGGAGGUGCUUCCCUACUUGUCUCGUCGAGCGAUGGAGAAUCGUGGCAUCUUGAAGAAAGUGAAAAAGGAGAAAAAACUUCUGGCAAGUGAAUUGAAGAGGAGAAUUUUAUCCGGCCAGCUUGUAUACAAUCCGGCAAAGCAUAUCCCCUCCUAAUAACACUAUCUAUACACGUAGGAUGUGCUGCUCAAUAUGUUGGUAAAUGUUUCGUAGAUAUAUAGAUAUAUAGUUGUACUCAAUCUGUUGUUUUUGGAGCUAAGUAAGUCUCCCAAGUGAUGGGGCUUAGCUGUUUUUACUAACUGCUGAUAUUAAUUAUAUUAUUUUAUAAUCAUCACGAAAAGAAAAGAUUUAUACAAGAUACAUAUAUAAGAUGGCCACCAAAACUUUUGAUAUCAUGGUUGUUUUGACACGAACCAAAUUAAAGACGGCCACCAUU